UCCGAAGAAUCAUGUUGUCAGUUGCAUACGGAAAACAACAAAGGUUUAAUUUCACAGUGACAUUGCCCAUAUAGAAAGCAAGAAAAGGUUGAUCUGAAGGGGCCAAACAAUGGCUUCCCGGCCAGGAAUCCUCACUGAAUGGCCAUGGGCACCUCUUGGGAGCUUCAAGUACCUCAUACUGGGGCCAUGGGCGGUCCACGCCACGUACCAGUUUUUAACGAAAGGGCCAGGGGAGAGAGACGUCGGCUACUUCCUCAUAUUUCCCUACCUUCUAUUUAGGAUGCUUCACAAUCAAAUAUGGAUCUCCCUCUCACGUUACCGAACCGCCAAGGGGAGGAAGCUGAUUCUCGACAAGGGCAUUGAAUUCGAGCAGGUCGAUCGUGAAAGCAACUGGGAUGACCAGAUCUUGUUGAAUGGGAUCCUAUUUUACGUAGGAUUGAAGACGAUCCCAGGUGGAGCCCACCUACCCUUUUGGAGGGCAGACGGUGUGAUUAUCACAGCUCUACUCCAUGCUGGUCCCGUGGAGUUCCUCUACUACUGGCUUCACCGAGCAUUGCACCACCACUUCCUUUACUCCCGCUACCAUUCUCAUCACCACUCUUCCAUUGUCACUGAGCCCAUCACUUCCGUGAUCCAUCCGUUUGCUGAGCAUAUAGCCUACUUCCUACUGUUUGCGAUACCGCUAUACACGACGCUGGUACUGAGGACGGCGUCCAUAGUGUCCUUUUCGGGAUACAUAGCUUACAUUGAUUUCAUGAACAACAUGGGGCACUGCAACUUCGAGAUCAUCCCAAAGUGGCUCUUCACCAUCUUCCCUCCAAUCAAGUACUUAAUGUACACCCCCUCGUUUCACUCGCUACACCACACUCAAUUCAGGACGAAUUACAGCCUCUUCAUGCCAAUCUAUGACUGUGUCUACGGUACAAUGGACAAGUCCACUGAUGCUACGUACGAAACCUCGGUCCAGAAAAUGGAAGAGUCGCCAGAUGUUGUGCAUUUAACCCACCUCACUAACCCCGAGUCUAUAUACCAUAUGCGACUGGGGUUCGCCUCCCUGGCUUCCCAGCCCCAGACCUCGAAGUCCAAGUGGUACCUGUGGUUGAUGUGGCCCUUCACAGUUGCAUCUGUCAUCUUCACUCGGGUUUGCGGCCACUCCUUUGUCCUAGAGAGGAAUUCCUUUAAGCAACUCAACUUGCAGUCUUGGGUAGUGCCGAGAUUCAAUGUACAAUAUCUAUUAAAGUGGAGAAAGGAAGCUAUAAAUGGGCUAAUAGAAGAGGCCAUACUCGACGCAGACAAGAAAGGAGUUCGGGUUCUUAGCUUAGGGCUUCUUAACCAGGGGGAGGAGCUAAAUGGAAAUGGGGAGUUGUACAUCAAAAAGCACAGAAAAUUGAGGAUUAAGUUAGUGGAUGGGAGUAGUUUGGCCGUAGCGAUUGUGCUUAAAAGCAUCCCCAAAGGAACGAGCCAAGUGCUCCUCUGUGGAAAAUUAAACAAGGUCGCCUCUGCCUUAGCCAAAGCUCUAUGCCAAAGUGGAGUUCAGUUACAGGUAUGUGCAGCUAACGAGAAUGACCUUGAGAAGCUUAAGGAGAGUGUUGAUAGUAAAUUUGGACGCAACUUGGUCCACUCAACCUCUUAUUCUCCUAAGCUUUGGAUAGUCGGAGAUGGAUUGACCGAAGAAGAACAAUCAAAGGCAUUGCCAGGGACAAUAUUCAUACCGUUUUCACAGUUACCACCAACAAAAAUCCGCAAAGAUUGCUUCUACCAUAGCACUCCUGCAAUGACCAUUCCUUCAACCUUCAAAAACAUGCAUUCUUGCGAGAACUGGUUAGCAAGAAGAGUGAUGAGCGCUUGGCGCAUAGCGGGGAUCGUUCAUGCGCUAGAAGGAUGGGAAGGACAUGAAUGUGGGGGGACCAUCUUCGAUGUAGAGAAGGCGUGGGAAGCGGCUCUACAACAUGGGUUCCGUCCUCUUAUGAUUCCGAACGCUCAAGUAGCUUUCCCCUAAAUAUAUGAUUGACGAAAGCGGACCAGUUGGUAGAAUAUUGGGCCAUUGAUGUGUACGUGGGAGCCACUUAAAGCCACCACCUAUAAAAUAUAAAUGAGUUGUUGUUGUGUUAUGGGAAAUACCUAUGCGCAAACUUUCAUCUUUAAACUCAUAUAAGAAUAAAGUUAUAUAUAUAAUUUGCAAGAGUAUUAUACUCUGGUAUCAAUUUUAAA